GCUAGGCGGAUCCUGGACGGCGGGAGCGGCUUGUCCCGCUGGGGCCCUCUGAGUCGCGCGCUGCACGGGUGGGGUCUCGGGGUCCCGCAGCACGCAGACGAUAGGACGCUGGGAUAAACAUGGUGUGCGACCCGGGAGAGGGGAGCGGGGCCACUCCCUCGGGCGGACCCGUCGAGGAAUCCGGAGCCCCCACCGCGCCGGAAAGAAGGCGGGGGCUGUCAGGCCGCGCGGGCUCUUUAAGACCAUGUUCCUGCUAACACAGACGGGCUCCUGCAGAGGGCGGUGAGACUAAGCAAGCACAAGUUCCAAAGGGAGGAGAGUCCCCCACCUGGCUUCAGCGCCCCCUCGGCGUAGUCCUUCAUAUCCCGAUGCAGAGGCCUCCAUGGCUGUGAUAAGCCUUCUGUUCUUGGCAGUGAUGUAUGUUGUUCACCACCCCUUGAUGGUCAGUGACCGGAUGGACCUGGACACACUAGCCAGAAGUCGGCAGCUGGAGAAGCGAUUGGGUGAGGAGAUGCGCCAGUUAGAGAUAGAGUUUGAAGAGAGGAAGCGGGCAGCAGAGGAGAAGCAGAAGGCAGAGAAUUUCUGGAGAGGAGACACAUCCAGUGACCAGUUAGUGCUGGGGAAGAAAGACAGGGGGUGGCCAUUCCAGACCGAGGGCCAGGAGGGGCCGCUGGGCUGGAUGCUGGGAAACCUGUGGAACGCUGGCCUCUUUUGCUUUUUCCUCGUCUUUGAGCUCCUGCGACAGAACAUGCAGCAUGAGCCGGCCUUUGAUUCCAGUAGCGACGAGGAGGAGGAGGUCCAUGUCAUGCCUGUCACCUCCUAUAACUGGCUUACCGACUUCCCCUCGAGAGAGGCCCUGGAAGCCUUUUACAGAUAUCAUGUCCAGAAUGUCACCCGAGACCUGCCCUGCACCUGCGAGUUUGUGGAGAGCUUUGUGGACGACCUCAUUGAGGCCUGCCGGGUGCUCAGCCGCCGAGAGGCUCACCCACAGCUGGAGGACUGCCUGGGCAUCGGGGCUGCCUUUGAAAAAUGGGGAACCCUCCAUGAGACCCAGAAAUUUGACAUCCUGGUGCCCAUUGUCCCCCCCCAGGGCACUAUGUUUGUGCUGGAGAUGAGGGAUCCAGCCCUAGGUCGCCGCUGUGGCUGCGUACUGGUGGAGUCAGAAUGCGUGUGCAAGCGCGAGAAGCUUCUGGGGGAUGUGCUGUGCCUGGUGCACCAUCACAGGGACCACUCGGCCCUUGUGGGCAAGUGCAACAGCUCCAUCAAGGCGGCGCUCUGCACAGGCUCCCACCUGGAUGUGUGCAAGACCGUGCAGUGGUUCCGGAACAUGGUGGGCAAUGCCUGGGCCCUUGUAGCCCACAAGUAUGACUUCAAGCUCAGCCUGCCGCCGUCCACCACCUCCUGCAAGCUCAGGCUGGACUACCGCUCUGGCCGCAUCCUUUCAAUCCGCCUGGUCCUGGGGGUGCAACGGGAAGAUACCUUGGUCUACCUGGUGAGUCAGGCCCCUGACCAGGAACAGCUCACCAGCGUGGACUGGCCUGAGUCCUUUGCAGCCUGUGAGCAUCUGUUCUUGAAGCUGGUCGGGCGUUUUGCUCCAGAGAAUACCUGUCACCUUAAGUGCCUCCAGAUCAUUUUGAGUCUCCGGGACCUUCAGAGUUUACCCAAGGGAGCAUCCCGCCCCAUCCUCACUUCUUACCACUUCAAAACUGCCCUCAUGCACCUGUUGCUUCGGCUGCCCCUCACAGACUGGCAGCACAGUAUGCUCUCCCAGCGGCUCCAGGACGUCCUCUGGUUCUUGGGCCGAGGCCUCCAGCAGAGGUCUCUCCAUCAUUUCCUCAUUGGUAACACCUUCCUGCCCCUGACCAUCCCCAUUCCUAAGACAUUUCGGAAUGCUGAGCCCAUCAAUCUCUUCCAGCACCUGGUGCUGAAUCCCAUGGCACAUUCCCAGGCAGUAGAAGAGUUCCACAACCUUCUGACCCAGGUGAAAACUUUGCCCUGUGCCUCCUUGGCAGGGGCACAUUAAUGUACAGGCCAUUAAAAAGGGGGAGAAGGUAUUUCUGAUUCCUCAGGCUGCAAAAGAGUUUAUUCUUCAGACGUAUCAGCGGUGUAUGGGACUUUCACCUUGCCAGUGGGGGCUAUGAUCCAUUAAGACACUUGGAGGAGUACAGGAAAUGGUCAGGAGGAGGGGUCCAGCCUGCAGGGCCUAGUCUAGGGUAGGUCUUCUGAGGUUUUCUUCUCUUACCUUUCAUCAUGACCCAAAGAGGACCCAGGGAAAUGGAUGUUAUGGGAGGAUCUUGCUGCUAAAGAGUUGAGAUCCAGUGGGGGCCUGUACAGGUGUGCUUUGUAGAAACACUGGACGUGAAAGAACCAGGAAUACCUCCAUUCCAGCUUAAUUCCUUUUUUGUGAAUGACUCCCAACACAUCUCUUGUAAACUGGCUUCCUUAUUGAACUCUUAGCCUAAUUCAUGUCCAAGCUGGUAGCAUUCUAUUGUAUUCCAAAUACUGUGAUGGCAGCUUCUUGUAUUUUAGGAUCUAAUUUUUCAGACCUUCACUCUUUGAGUUUAUAACCAAGAUGCUUACUUUCCAUUUUCUUAAGUACCCUUGUUUUCAUAUGAUAUGUGAAAUAUAAUAUAGCCAUUUUAUGCAUCUGAAAAAAACUCCAAUACUAUCCCAAAUAAUUUAUUAGCAUUGAUUCACAAACAUUAAAUUAACAGUGGCUUAUUCCAUAACUGAUAUAAUGUAAUUAAUAUUGCCAGCAUCUGAUGACCUCCUCAGUGCCUGGAAACAAUUAUAAAACUUUUAGGAGGACAGUCCCUUGCAGGAGGGUACGGGGCUCUGAGAUGAACAAUUACUAUUUCUGAGGGAGCCACUUAUGUGUUGGGUGGAAAGAAAGCUAGGCUACCAUAUGUAAUGCUUUUUCUCAGUCUGGUGAGGCCUCUGUAAUCUCUUUACGAAGAUGACAAAGGGAUUAUUUGAACUAUGUUUGUGGUUUUGCAAAGUGGGGUCAUCACAAUCCAGGCCCAUUGCCAGGGCUGGACAGGAAGGGACUGUGCAGCAGUUUAGCUAACAAAGUUGUGAUUCUGGAGAUAUGACUGGUAUAUUUUCCCUUCUUUCAAAACCCUGGGCAUCCUGGGGAGGAGUGUUAAGAAAUACGACUUUAGGAGUUCCCUGGUGGCUCAGCAGGUUAAGGAUCUGGCAUUGUCACUGCUAUGGCUCAGGUUGCUGCUGUGGCACGGGUUCGAUCCCUGACCCAGGAUCUCUUGUAUUCCUUGGGCACAGCCAAAAAGAAAAAGGCAACAGAAAUGUGAUUCUAGUUGUGGAUGUGGUUGCUUUGGAAAUACCAGUGCUGUUCCUACUCAGCACUGCUAGGAAGAUCUUCAGGGGAGGAGAACUUGGCCCCACAUUUAACUUGACCUCAAGGGAGGUUAGAUGCUGGCCUUACUACAAGCUUUGGUUAGAAAAUACAUUAUCUCCCCACCUCCAGCAAAAAUAAAUUACAGGUGUCCCAGAGCUGAUGCCAGUCAAUAUUUGAGGCUCCCACUGCUACACAAUAGCUGCUGUGUUUCUGUGUUGUCUGCUGGUAUCUGCCAGGUACUGCUUUUAAGUUCAGAUGCAGUGAUGGUUGGUUCUACGCUGGUGGGAUUUUGGUAUUUUAUUGCUUUUGUUUAGAAAAUAAUUUGCUGGUGUUCUACUUCCCAAUCAAUAAAAGAGACUAUUUUCUGUA